AUGUCCAGCAUCCACAAGAUCAACGACCGAGUCGUCCAUAAGGAUAGUUUCGAUGACGUGAAAAGUUCCUCCAGCGUGAACAGUACUCUCAUCACAAAGAGAGGGUUCAAACCGUCAGACAUGUUCGACCCUCAGAAAAAGGAAUUUCUCACGAACCUCAGUUAUAAGUUGUUCCCUGUAAGUUGGAACGAUGCGGACAUAUCCCGAGAGGGCCCUGAAAUGCAACCGCUGGCACAAUUAUUAUCCGAGGAUAUGGAGAACAAACCGGUCAUCGUGGGCGAUAAGGAGGUGGACCUCAAUAAGAUCUUCACCCCGGCUCCGGAUGCAGAAGAGCAUAUUAUUAAGAAGGAUAAAAAAUUUGAGAAAACAUUUGCAUCAUCGGCGUUCUACGUGCCUGGCGUUCAUCCAACCGUCAAAGAACAGAUGGACCUGGCACGAGCGAUAUCCAAGUCCUUGAGCGACGCUAGCAACCAUACUAGCCGUGGUCAGAGUAUGUACGUCAACAGGAAGAAGCGCUCGGUAAAGUGGGUGCACGAGGGAAGAGGUCGCAAUACGUCUAACACAUGUUCGACUCCGACGCCAGUCGCAAAUCACGACACGCCAUACCGCCCGCCAUCGAGCCUGAGAAACCAGAAAACUUACCCAAAAUCUGCUCUUAAGCAUACAUCGAAUCUUCCAAAGAAUGAACCGUUUCCGCUUUCAUCACCAACAAUUACUGUACAAAAUAUCGAAAUUCCUGUGCCUUUGGCGCCGACAAAAUUGAACGAUGUCUAUGCUUCGCCAAAAAGCCCGCGCCUGCCGCUCACAUGUGGACCAAACUUUAACGUUGCGCCGCGAGGUUGGGGCGAAAUGCAAGAUUACUACAGACCCGUCUCGCUGGAUGGCCUUGGAAAGGUGACACCGUCUUACUCAGAUUAUUAA